AUGUCAAGCUUCCAGAUCCCAGCGGCAACAGCCUCCAGUGGAGACCCCCCGGAGACCCCACCAAGAUCGCCACGCCACAUCACCCUUGAUGGCCGAACUCUUGAGGGCGGUGGGCAAUUAGUCCGAAAUGCUCUGGCUCUUUCAGCACUCACCAGCCAGCCAGUGACGAUUGACCAUGUUCGCGAAAACAGAGGAGGGGGUCCUGGAUUAAAGGCUUCGCAUUCAGCAGCGGUUAAACUACUGGCCGAGAUCAGUCGCAGCAAAGUCACCGGUGGACAAGUGGGAUCGCGAUGCGUGACAUUCGAGCCCCAAGUUCCCGCGAGCAAAGAGUCGGAAUCAUCAAAUGUGUCCCGAAAAUCACCUCUGGUUUCCUUGGUGGGGUUAUCUGUUCAGCCUGAAUACACCAUCCGCCUACCGACACCAGGCUCAGUGUUCUUAGUUUUUCAGGCCCUGUAUCCAUAUCUUCUUCACGUUGGAUCCCAAGCAGGGACAGAUUGUGUGAAAGUGACUAUUACGGGGGGAACGAAUGGGACAAGUUGCCCAUCCUACGAUUAUGCAUCGCAAGUCAUGGCGCCUAACUUUGCAAAGCUGGGCCUUCCUCCUCUCUCUAUCGAGCUACUCAAACGAGGCUGGACAGUGGGACCCAUCGAGAUGGGAACUGUGACUUUCAACGUUCAUCCCCUGAGUUCGAUAUUGAAUGACCAAGGAGUCCCUGAUACUCGUUUUCCACGCAUUAAUCUCAUGGACCACGAGCCGGGAAAGAUUACUCAGAUUGAUAUCACUGUCCUUGCGCCAGAUAGUAACUUACCAGGAGAAUCAAGGACACUUCGCAACUACAUUGAGCGAGAGACUCGUCGGUGUCUACGCCGGUGGCUGCAGACUAUGGAUGGAUCGAAAUUUGAUAUCCAAGCGGAUCCCGAUGACCCCGAUCACGAGAAUACCUUGCCCAUCAGAAUCCACACAUCUGAGCCCACAACCCACUCAAGCCGAGUCUAUAUUCUUCUUGUGGCCCACACUUCCACGGGAUUUAGAAUUGGAACGGAUGUCUUGACCAGUGUUGGAGGGGCAUCAGGAACAUCAAAGAAACACAAGAACAACAAGGGAUCGAAGCGCCAAGACAAACGCGACAAUCAGUCUAAUCAACAUGACAGUAUUACAAGCUGUAUUGAUGGCUUAGUUGAAGUCUUUACGGAAGAGAUCUCCAUGUCUAAUCAAGGCCGCAACCAGUCCAGUUCUCCAGAUGCAGAUGGAAAGCCAUCAGUUCUAGAUGUGCACAUGAGAGAUCAGAUUGUGGUGUUUGAAGCUCUAGGUGAAACCCACGGAUCUGAUAGCAACGGGGGUGACUCUAAAUCUCAUCAACAAGAGGGUCCACAGUUCUGGUCAUUGCAUACCCGUACGUCGCAGUGGGUGUGUCAGAAGAUGUUGGUAGAGACGGCCGAGUAA